CUUCCGUUCGCGCAAGAACCUCCUACAGAAGGCUAGCAUUUUGCCAUCGACGCUGGCUGCCGUGCCAUCAUUUAUAGGCCAAAAAAUAUCGUCAUCUUUCUCUGCAGGCUAGUUACUUUGUCUACAUGCCUUUUUUUGCCCUUCGGAACGCCUCGUUGGGCCCUCACGCGAUCUGCCCAUAACCGUGGAGAAGCGACCCCCCUCGCCCACCCCAAAACCGGGGUUUUCGAGGCGACCAUGUCGCUCGGUCAGCACCACACCUGGCUGCCACCAGGCCAUCUGCGGCCUCCCGACGACCAACAGGAUGCCCGGUCUGUCAAUGGCAAUUCGAAAUAUUUUUCCGGGCCCCGAACGCCGCACAUGCGCGUCUCGGUCAGCGCGGAAGGGUCUCAGACGGGGAAUUUGAUAUCGGAGGCUGAUACCGCGAACGAGGAAGAUCCACGCAUCGCCGUGUUUCGCGAGCUAUACAGACAGAGUGAGGCGAAAGUUAAUGCUCUUUUCAGACGAAACCGAACAGAUCAGGAACCGGUGCAGAGUGAUGUCGCCGUCGCGCCCGAUGAACCGGAUGUUGCUAUCACGCGCGCCGAGGAACCAGCUUCCUUGCCGGCGCCUCCAAAAAAGCCUGCCAGAAACCUUGACGAUGAUGACUAUGAUGACUAUGACGAAGACGACGAUGCGGACGCCGCUGACUUGGCUCCCUCGCCGCUGAAAGCUAAGUCGCUCCUGCCUUCCCAGGAGGCUAGCGGAAUUCCGUCCCCGAGCCAUCUCCCUAGCAUACCCGCACCGACUACUGUCUCAGAGAGUGCGAAGGAGGUGAAGAAAGACACACUGGAAGACAUUCGCAAGAAACUGGAGGAAGACAAAAAGGCGACAGAGGAAGCCGCCAAGCGAAGCUUCCAAACACUAUUCUACACUCUGGAAAAUGACAGAGAUGCGAUGCUGGACCAACAACGUUUGGAGGAGUCGGAGAGGCAAGUGGAGGCUGAGAUGUCAGGGCAGGCGAAUGGCGGCACCAAUAGCUCGUCUGCAGGGAGCAACUCCUACGGCUCGUUGAGCAGCGCGAACCUCGGAGCCUCGAGCUUGACCUUGAAAAACCUGAUCGCCAGAAUCGACAUGAAGCGCACGAUGGUCCAGGCAUCCGAUGCUGAGCUCCGAAGUCUCAUGAGCGAAGUGCGCAAGAAUCGCAGCAAGUGGGCCAGCGAAGAUAAGAUCGGCCAAGAGGAGCUUUACGAGUCAGCGGAAAAGGUGCUGAGCGAACUGAAAGCCAUGACAGAGCACUCGAGUGCUUUCUUGACCAGAGUGAACAAAAGGGACGCGCCUGAUUAUUACACAAUCAUCAAACACCCAAUGGACCUCGGAACAAUGACCAAGAAACUCAAGGCUCUGCAGUACCGGUCGAAACAGGAGUUUGUCGAUGAUCUCAAUCUUAUCUGGGCAAACUGUUUGAAGUACAACACCAACCCUGAGCAUUUCCUACGCAAGCAUGCUUUGUAUAUGCGCAAGGAAACCGAGAAGCUCGUUCCUCUAAUCCCGGAAAUCGUUAUUCGAGACCGUGCUGAAGUUGAAGCCGAGGAGAGGAGACUUCAACUCGCGGAGAUGGAUGGUGCGGAGGAAAGUGAUGACGAACCAAUUAUGUCCUCAAGGGGCAGAAAAGCCCCGGGCAAGACGUCCAAGAAGGGUGCAGCUCCAGCUCGGAACACCCAUAGUGGAUCUGAAGGCCCGUCGGGUGCUCCUGCUGUCCAGCCGGCUGCUCCAGUACGAUCUGAGUCUGACGUCGCACUGGAUAGUAUGCAAAAUGGUUUCGCAACACCCCCUCCUCCUGGCACGCAAACGCCAUCCGAUCCAUCUGGGACUGUGACUGGUGCUGUCAGUAGCCAUGACGAUUCCAUGGAAAUCGACGGCGGCAUUGCCAUGAAUAAUUCUAUGAUCGCUUUGUCGGCAUCAGGGAUCGAAACUGAGGACCCGGAAUAUAAGGUCUGGAAGCAAGUAACGAAGAAGGAUCGAGCUCUUAUUGCUGCUGAACGACACCGACUUUUCAAAGGAGACAAGCUCAAUGCUGACGAACCGGCGCUCCUUAGAACCAAGGCUGGUAUGCGAAGAUGGCUUCGUAACCAGAAACAGGUCAGUGCAGAAGGUGAUAAAGGCCACGAUUUAGAUGCGCAGGCCUCAGAAGCCGCUGGAGAAUCUCUCGCCGAAGGGAUCGAAGUGGAGGACGUCAAAGUGGUUCCGGAGUACUAUGACGUUAUGUCUGGGGUUCCUGAUCUUCCUGAACAAUUGCUCUGGAGAGAAGACGCCCAAGGGAAUGUUGUUGAUGCCUCCGAAGAAUUCCUUCGUAUCCUCCCACCUGGCUCAUUUACCCAACCGGAUAGCAAGCUUUCUCGGAAGAUGGAUGCGAACAUGCGACAGAUGCAGGAGACCCGAAAGAUCUGCUCGAAGAUCGGCAUAGUGAAGCAGAUGCAGUUGCAGUCCCAGAUGUAUCAGAACCAAUUUCAGAAAUAUCAGCCUGAACCUUUUAUCGAGCGCGAUGUAGCACCCCACGUGAUGAACGAUGAUGGGCCUAUCGUUGCUCCAUGGGUUUGCAAGUCCGCUCUGCGCCGUUCAGUUGCCAAGAUUUUCUACCACACUGGAUUCGAAGAGUACCAGCCGUCUGCUCUUGAUGCAGUUACCGACAUCGCUUCAGACUUCUUCCAGAAAAUUGGCGAGACUCUGAAGACUUAUAUGGAAACCCCCAAAGUCCCGGAGAUCGAGUCGCAAGAUAUGGUCACCUUGAGUUCCCAGUGGAAGCCGGCCUACACACAGCCAGAGAUGGUUCUCCACACACUCUCCUCAGUGGGAAUUGAUGUUGAGGCACUGGAGCUCUAUAUCAAGGAGGACGUUGAACGCCUUGGGACAAAGCUUGCGACCGUGCAUGAACGCUUGAAAUUCUUGCUGACCGAUCUGCUCCGACCCGCCCUCGCGGAUGGUGGUGAGGAUGGCUCUCGUGCUUUUGCCGAUGGGAGCGAGCAGUUCAUUGGCGGCGAUUUUGCCGAAGAUAUUGAUGAAGACUUCUUUGGAUUCAAAGAACUGGGACUGGACAGGGAAUUUGGUCUCGCUACACUCAGCGUUCCCCUUCACCUUUUGCAGAACAGGAUGUUCAAUGCUGCCCAGGCUCAAAACACCAGUGCUACCCAAACUCCGACGCUUUUCCCUCCCCCGCCUGCGUUCCCUCGGAUUUCCACAGAGACGUUGCCAACUCAAAUUGGGUUGGUCCAGGCAUUCUUCCGCGCCAAAUUAGAGUCCAACAAUGAUGAGCCUCUGGUUGAAGAUCUGGAAUUACCUCCAAAACAACGUCCAACAGCUGCCCGACCCCGUCUUCCAGCAUCGGGCAAGAUCCCGCCUCCAGGGCCAUCAGGGCUGACGACCAGCCCACAAAAGCGCCCACCACCCCCUUCUGGACCAGGCCAAUUUUCUAUUCCUAGGGCGUCUUUUUCAGAGCCUAGUAAAAAGAAGGCCAAGAAGAAUAGCGGGGCUGGCAUUGGUAUCCCCGACUCUAACGUUGAUGGCGAAGAGCGAACAGGUAUGGAUGGAGUCAGGGCUGCGGUUUCUAAUCUAUCGUCGGCAACGGUUCCCAAAACCACCCCCGAUGGGCCGAUUGUUGGAUCCUCAGCGGGUGCCGGUGCUGAAAUUAAUGGCAGCAAGCAUAGUAUAGAUCACAACUCUACUGUUUUGGAUGCCAUGGUCGGCGAUAUUUCUGCUGCCGCCGGCCAGUCUACCAACAGCGCAGUUAACGGCGACAUCAGGCCGAGCAUCAACGGAACCGUUGACAAUUGAUGACUGCGCACUUACCUGGCGCAUUCAAAGAGCUCCUCGCAACCGAAAAAAAGAAAGAAAUCAAAAGAAAAAGGGGAAAAUUGCUAAGCUGUUUAACGUCUUGACUGCACUGUUGCCUACCCCUCUGUCCCCGAUAUAUUGUGCACUUUCCAUCUUCCUGCUCCCCUUGUUUACCCAUCCUCAUUACCUUGUAUCCGUCAAUUAAGAAGUCCAUCCCCAAAAAAUCCUCUGCUUUU